AUGUCAUCGCCACCCCACUUUCCUAUCUCAUUCACACCACCCCACACCCCUUUCUCGUCUCACCCACUCCUCACAUCUCUCAUCGGCGAGAAACGCAAGCGCACACCACCAGCCGACAGCGUGGACUCUGGCGACGAGCGCGGUGACGACGGCAGUAACGAGCUCAAUGAUGAUGGCUUCGUCUCCGAACCCUCGCAAGUCUCCUCGGCCUCCUCCGACGAGAUCCAACCCGUCUCUCUCCCCGAACGCUCAUACUCACCGCCGGCAUGGCUACUCGAGGACCUCAAACUUGCAAGUCGCCUGCCUUCCUCACCUUCUCCCUCUUCCUCAAUGGAAAACGUUCCAUCGCAAGCGACGGCCGAGGAGGAAUGUCUGUACCAGAAGGAAAGCUGGGUGUCUGGCACCCACGAGGACUAUCCUUGGGAGAAGACUGUUCCCGUGGUUCAUGAGCCCCCACCAAGCCCACUCAGCACGCCUCGGUCAAUCCUACCUCCCCACAACCCCUCGUAUCUCGGCUCUCAUGCCGGGGAUGAAGAAUCGCGACAGGAUGUGGAAGACAGCAUGGACGAAGAUUUCCAGGGUGAUACAGAGGAUGACACUGAAUAUGUUGUCCGCACCUUCCUCGAGUCGGUCCUAACCAGUUUCCUCCGCCAACUGAAACGCUCCGUCGCGCAACUCGAGAAGAUUCGUGCUGAGCGAUGCAAGAAACUGUCUGCAAGUGACUUGUUUUCUGUUGGAAUCAAGUUUGCUCUCAUCAACAGGGAGAAUGGCAAGCACCAGACUAUCACGUUCCCAGACAAGCCUGGAAAGCAGCCCGUGCAGCCUGCUCUCGUCCGCAUGUCGCGGGUGCUGUAUAUUGCUUCAGUGAUGUACCAGACAGUCCUCGAGGGAGGUCUUGUUACGAAACGAGACAUCUUUUACCGCAACGUGCUGCUCUUCGGCAAACAGCGUGUAGUAGACAAGAUUGUCGACGACUUGAUUUGCACAGCAGGACUCAAGCGCCAGGACUUUCGCGUCUGUGCCACCUCUAAAGGCCUCAUCGCCUCCAACGCACUUGUCAUCGUACUCAACACCGGCGAGGAGCUCCCACUGUUUGCUACUUCGAGUACCCUCAUCCCACAAGAGGAGCGCAUCGCUAGCAUCGAGGCGCCGGACGGUCUCGAAUGGGUUCUCCUCGUGGAGAAGGACUCUCUCACCGGCGCCGGCAUCCUUCAUGAUAAACGUCUCGGUCCUGGCGCAAUCAUUACUGGCAAAGGAUAUCCCGACCUCUCCACCCUCCAGCUCCUCCGCCGACUGGCAGACACGUUCCCCGAGACACACAUAUAUGCCCUCGUCGAUGCGGACCCGCACGGUAUCGACAUUCUCUCCGUCUACACGUUCGGAUCCCGUGCCAACGCCUUCUCCGAGGACCACAUUGGCUUGCCGCUCGGUGACCGUCUCGAGUGGAUCGGAGUCAAGGCCACAGAGUGGUCCAAGGUUGGACGGUAUGAAGAUCUUCUGCCCCUGGGAGAGCGAGAGAUUGCCUUUGCCACAAAAAUGUGUACAGCCCGCCCGGACAUGCCCCAAGAGUGGCGCCGCGAGCUCGCCCACAUGCUCCACGUUCACCGCAAGGCCGAGAUCCAGAUUCUCUGCGGUACGGCCCCCAACACUGACGAGCUCGAGCGCUGCCUCUCGGGCUCGAAAAUUGAAGAGUCGCCGAGUAACCGUCUGGUCGAGUACAUUGUAGAGAGAAUCGCUGGCCACAGUUAG